AUCGGUGAGCAAGUGGUGCCAUCUGAGAGCACGUUUAUACCAGAUGAAUGGGGAUCUUGCAGCGUCUCCUGUGGCGAAGGAAUCCGGAAACGGGAAGUCCACUGCAAGAUAUUCCUCGAGUUUUCCAGAACAAUUGCAAAACUCCCAGAUAAACAAUGCACGGGUCCAAAACCCAUUCAAAUUGAAACAUGUUUCAAGGAACCAUGUGCCUCAGAGAGAAUUGGCGUAGACAUCAAGGACGACCCAUACAGUAGAUCUGAUAUAAAGGUUGUCCCAGGAUCUCCAGCGAAAUCUUAUUCUUGGAAAGAACAAGGUUUCACCCAUUGCAGCGCCACCUGCCUAGGCGGCACCCAAGAACUGAUAGUUAACUGUGUUAGAGAUGAUACUCAGAAAGUAACAUCACCCUAUAUGUGUCCUAUAGAGCUCAAGCCUGAAAUACGAGUACAAACUUGCAAUGAUCACCCUUGCCCUCCUAGGUGGAACUAUUCUGAGUUUUCCCCUUGCUCACAGAGCUGUGGAAUUGGUAUACAAACCAGAGAAGUCAACUGUAUUCACGAAGUGACUCAAGGAGGAGGUAAUACUAUAAUAGUACCAAAUAAUAUGUGUCCCCAACCACCACCACCUGAUAGGCAAUACUGCAAUGUAUUGGAUUGCCCAGUACGAUGGAAAGUCAACGAGUGGUCAAGGUGCUCGCAAAGUUGUGGAGGAGGCAUGAAAACGAGAAAAGUUGAAUGCAAGCAGGUGAUGGCGCAGAAUCAUACUGUAGACAGACCACCAACCAUGUGCCCAACACCAAAACCGUCUGAUUCAAAACCCUGCAAUACCAAGAGUUGCGUAGUCGAAAGCGACAAACCACACAUAGAUGUCUCCAAUAGCACUUUCAUCCAACAUGAUCCCAAAAAGAAGAAGAUAUCUUUGAAAGUUGGAGGCGCAGCAACCGUAUUCUUAGGCACUACAAUUAAAAUUAAAUGUCCUGUUAAGAGGUUUGAUAGAACAAAAAUUCAGUGGAAAAAAGAUAAGAGCUAUCUUCCUACUAUCAAAAAAUUCAAAACAUCAAAAAAAGGAGCACUAAGGGUGUCUAGUCUCACUCUCAGCGAUAGUGGUAUGUAUACUUGCGUAGCAGGUAGAUCAGAAGCUAGUAUUCAUAUCUCAGUACGACCAAAGCCAGGCGAGUUCCCAACUUCUGAAGAGAUCCAGAGACAAGGUUUUAAAGCAGAUAAGAUUGAACUCAUUGCAGAUGUCCAUUCUGAUAGGGACAGUGGCACUAUUUUCAGUGAUGAUCAUUCCCAUGAACAGAGGCCAUCCAAAUCUAGGAAGAGACCUACCUCCAAACCUGGACUGUUUUCCUCGCAGACAUUGCCCUCUCUGGUGUUGGAUUCAAAUUAUAAUGGCCAAUUCCAGAGUACCUCUUAUAAAGAAGAUCAGCAAUUGUGGCCUUUCCAGACAUUCAGCAGUUCCAGAGGGCAUAGGAUGAUAGACUACCGCAGCAACAAACACAAUAAAAAUCCACUUCUGGAUGAACCAUCAGAAACAACCGAAGAAGAGAUACCAGCGGACGAAGAUACUCAAGAUGAAGAUGAGGACAAUAUUGUAGUUCUUGGCAAGGGAAAGAAGGAAAAUCUCAUAUUCGAAUGGGAAAUGGGCUCUUGGGCGAAGUGCUCAGAAACUUGUGGUGGAAAUGGCAUUCAGAUGAGAACUUCAAAUUGUAUUGUGAGGUUGUAUAAUGCCACACAGCGUGUAGACGAUAUUCUUUGUACUGAUGCAGGACUAGAAACUCCAGAAGUAAUGAGAAAAUGCGGGUUCGACCAGUGUCCAGAAUGGACGAAUCAUAAUUGGAGCAGCUGUGAGAAAUCAAAGUGCUUUGCUUUACACAAAGCUCUUCAAAGAAGAAUAGUUAGAUGCGAAAUUGGAGGAAAUUUAACAGUGGAUCCAUCAAGAUGCGAAUCCGAUCAGAAACCUGUAGAUAAACAGGAGUGUUUCAAUGAAAAAUGCGUAGGCAAGUGGAAACUAGGACGCUGGUCUGAGUGUGACACAACCUGCGAAAUGAAGGGAUUGAAAUACAGGAUAAUCCAAUGUGUCUGGUAUGGUACGAAAAAAGCUGCUGGUACGGCUUGUAAAGGUAUUCCUCGACCACCAGUUAUGAAGCCAUGUAUGGGACCAACUUGUAAUCCAACAACAGAGUCAAGCUGCAAGGACCAUUCCAUGUUCUGUCCAAAUGUCAAAGCGAUGAACAUGUGUAGGAUCAUGAGGUAUAAACAACAGUGUUGCCAAGCGUGUGCAGGAUGAAGAAGUGGAAAGAAUUAUAGAGACUCCAAUAAGUAUUAUCCGUGAAAUUGUUGAAUUUUGAGAGAGUGAAUAUUUAUGUGAUGAAAGACAGAUUAUUAUUUUAUUGAUAUGUUUAAACAUAAAGUGCAGCUUUGAAGAUGUAGUUGAAUAUUAAGACACAAAAUAUUUUCUUCACUACUCUAGUAGUGGUAUAUCUCACACUGUAGAGUGUUGCUGUUGGAUUUGAGAGAGAACACAUGUUUUGAGUUGCGAAACAUAACCUCCUAACUUCAUGCACUUCUUUAUGUUGGGUUGCGCAAUAACUUUCAACAACUCGAGUUCAACUCAUCAAGGAUUACCUAUGGCAAUGAAUUCUCCACGCUCUCAUGAAACAGAGUAAAGAACAUAAUAUUAUUUCUAUACUUUAUUAUAAUCCGCACUCAUUGCAGCAACGCCAGUCCAUAAUGAGAAUACAAUACACUCGCUCAAUUUACAUAAUUUCAAUACUGGCCCAAUGAAACAAUAAUGUUCUUAUUAAUUAUUAUCAGAUGAAACAUGAAGAGAAUAUCAUUCAAUACUCACAUCUGACAAUGACUUUUUAUUUUUAAAUUUCAAAUUUGAACAAAAUCAUGAAUGAGAAGGAAACUUGACUCUCUUAACAAUAUGUCGAGUGGAGAUUAUAUAACUGAGUCCUCAUUCAAAAUGCAUCACGUGAUACAUUUUGAACGACUUCAUCACAUUCGCUGACAAAAAAUCUCAGAAUUAUCAGCGGGACUCUUCGGGUCUCGACAUUAGGAGAACACAUUUUUGGAAGCAUAGAUGACAAUGCCAAUGAAUACAGUAGGCUGAUGUCA